GUGUAGCGUCCCAGGCAUCAUGAGGAGCCUCCACGACGAGUGUAACGUGGAGUACUCGUGGACGAAGGAGGACAAACAGCCGUACAACGUGUCCUGGGUGCCCGUCAACGUCACCUCCAAGGAGCAGCUGGACAAGAUGCAGUCUCCCUGGGUCUACAAGUCGAUGAUGGAUCUAGACGGGGCGCCACACUGGGGUCUGCUGAACACGUACAACGGCGGCGGCUACCACGCCGAUCUGCUCGGCUCCGGCGCGCAGACCGAGCGGCUGUUCGCCGAGCUCGAGCGGCACGGCUGGAUCGACAAGUUCACCCGGGCCGUGUUCAUCGAGUUCACCGUGGUGAACACGUACGUGAACCUGUUCAGCCGCGUCUCGCUGGUGGUCGAGUUCAGCAACUCGGGCAACACGUUCAACUCGUACACCAUCACCACCUUCCAGCUGUUCAACUACGUCGGUCCAGACGCCAUUUGGAUCAUGGUAUGUGAAGCCAUCGUCGUCCUAUUUGUCCUGUAUUUUCUCGUCACCGAGAUCAAGAAACUCCAAAAGCAAAAGAUGGCGUAUUUCUCGGAGUUCUGGAACACCUUAGAAUUCAUCAAGCUCAUACUGGCAAUAACAAGCAUUGCCAUGUAUGCGAUGAAAAAUAUAUAUGUUCACGUCGCCCUAGGAAAUCUUUUCGAAAAGCAAGGCGAGUUCAUCAACAUGCAGCGGAUGGCUGCCUGGAACGAGACGUUCGUGUUCCUCAUCGCCUUCGUCUGCUUCGUCUCCAUCCUGGAGGUGAUGCACCUGCUCCGCUUCAACGCCAACAUGUCCAUGCUGGCGCUGACGCUGAAGCGCUCCACCAAGGAGCUCGUCUACUUCUCCGUCACCUUCUGCAUCACGUUCCUGGCGUUCGCCCAGUUCGCCUUCCUUGCAUUUGGCACCAGCAUGAAUUUGUACAACAACUUCAUGUUUACGGUGGAAAAUCUCUGCACCCAUCUGCUCGGCGACAUUGACUUUGAGACGAUGUACGAGACGCACGGCGGCCUCGGCGUCUGCUUCUACCUGGCCUUUGUGCUCAUCAUGACGUUCAUCGUGCUGAAUAUGUUCCUGGCCAUCCUGGGCGACUCCUUCACCGACGUCAAACAGGAGCUCAAGGAGGCCCGGAACCAGUACGAGCUGCUCGACUUCUGCAAGGGCAUCGUCAUGGAUAUGCUGGGGAUGCGCCGUAAGCCGGCUGCGGGUCUCGACCCCACGCUCCCCGCCGUCCCGGAGGACGAUGCCGGGGCCGAUGGACCGCGGGAGGAGCGGCCCGCCGCACCCCGGGAGGCCAGGAGCGCCAAGGUGGCGCCCUCCCCGGUCACCGGCGAGGCAUACGUGCCGAGCACAGCGCCCUCGUUCCUCGCCCUGGGCGUGCCGGCGGCGGCCGCCUACCUCCCAGAGGGCGCCGCUGGCGGCGCAGAGGCCCGUCCGCCGGGCGCUGCGGACCUCACUCCGGUCCACCGGCUCGGCGGGGCGCCGGAUGACAGCCAGCCAGCAGAUCAUGUCCCAGCCAGAGAGGUGUCGGCGACUGUCCGCGGGUCCCCGGCGCCGGCGGAGGACCGGGACGGGCCGGCAGUCCGGGCUCCGGUCGAGGUGCGGGUGCACUCGCCGCCUCCGGAGCACCCCGCUGACGCUCCGGAGGGCGAGGAGGCCCCGCCGGAGGCCGCUGCUGGCGCAGAGACCCGGCCCGAUACCGCAGGAGGCGCCGAGGGAGGCGCAGCCACAGCAGUUGUCGCAGAAGGUGCAGAAGACGUGGACACAGAGGCGGCGGUGGACGGUACCACAGACGGUUCUGCUGAGGCUGCCACUGCCGCCGCAGACGCCGAGGACGGCCACGCGAGGCUGGGUCGUCUCAGUGCGCGCUCCCAGCAGCUGCUCCGCCAGAUCUGGCACAUACCCACACCCACAGCUCAGUCCGAGUAGGACCGAGCCGCCCGUGCCGCCGCCGUCCUGCCCCCUCGCUGUGGCGGUGGCGCCGGCCGGGGCCCCUCCCCGCCCUCUGAGCUGCCCCUUCCUGAUGACCCAGCCGAAACUGGUCACCGACCCGCCCCGACGGACGGCCUGAAGCACCCCGAUCCCUGAUGACCUGGCCGGACUUGGCCCUGCCUCCUGAUUGUCCCGUCAGAGACCGGAUUGUGAGAGAUGUCAUCUGUUAGCUCACCGACACACAGAUUCCAGGCUGACAGUGAUGAUCCGCUCACACUGAGUUCGCCGCUGCGUGGGCGACUGUGCAAACCUGUUCGAACGAACGCUGGACGCACGUUGGUGACUGUCCAUCCAUACCGACCCGUGGUGCUGCGCCGGUUUUGACGGGACAAGUUGCGCCGCUGGCUGCUAUUGACCGGGUCACAGUGACCUAAUUACCGGCACAGUGACCCGUGACAUGUCAGUAGCAGCAGCGGCGCGACACGCGUGCAGAGUUGAUGCUUUAGUGGGUAGGUAAAAAGACAA